UACUCUAGGAAAGGAAGCACAUAGUGGUUGGGUUGCUUUCAAGAGAGCUUUUCGUAGUCUUCAUAGUGCAGUGCCAGAAGCUUUCCCUGUUUACUACGUAUCGACAGUGUAUCGGCAACGCAUACUAAGAUUUGCAAUCGCAUAGUGAAAGGAUGCAAGAGCACGUGUGCCAAAUGGUGGCGUCCUCGCUUGGAAGCCGCCACACCGUGGAAACGAGGAAAUGUGCAAACGAAUAAUUUAACACGUGGGGAGGGGUGGCAUAUGGUGGAAGGAAAUUUCCACACAAACACGGUCGGCGUACGGCAUACGAAGUUGGUGUGUUGGUGUGGUGACUUUUAUUGUUCGAUUUGUUUCGUCGCUUGCUAACCCGAGUUCGUCGUCUGGCGUCAAGGUCUGAUAGAAAGGAGCGAGAGUGAACCGAGGUGGCAAUAAACAGGCACCCCCGUACAAUUAAUGUUGUGAAAAAAUACCGUGCAAACACUGGAAGCUGCAACUCGAUGGAGCCAACCGCAACGCGUCAACGAGCCAGUUGUGUGUAGCGAACGGAGGGAGUGAUUCCAUCAGCUUGCUGAUCUACAAGUAAAUCAACAAAAGUCAACGACGCCUUCGCUAGCAGGCGAAGAUUAUAAGUGAUCGAGUGCAGUGUAUGUGUGUGUCGUGAUUCGUGAUCGUGGUAUCGUGGUCUGUGUGCGUUUGUGCUCGUGAUUGUGCCAGUGCAGUGAACGGUGUCACGGUGCCAACCGCGGCACACACCGCGAUCCAUCCAAAAGAUGGUGCAAUGCACUCUGAUCUGGGCCGGCAUCGGUGCGAUGAUGGCCGUAUCCGGCGCCCUGCUCGGCUGGGUCGUGUUCCCCCGCGCCGUGCACGAGAAAGUGAUUGAGGCCACAGAGCUACGUCAGGGCACGGAUCAAUACAAGCGCUGGGAGGCGUUGCCCCAGCCGCUAGACUUUAAGGUGUACAUAUUCAAUGUCACCAACCCGUACGAGGUGAUGCAGGGCCGGCGCCCGAAAGUGGUCGAGGUGGGACCGUACGUUUACUUCCAAUACCGACAGAAGGAUAAUGUACGGUUUAGCAGGGAUCGUUCGAAGGUCCACUUCAGCCAGCAGCAGAUGUACGUGUUCGAUGCAGAAUCGUCCUAUCCGCUGACGGAGAACGACGAACUGACGGUGUUGAAUAUGCACAUGAACAGCAUUUUACAAAUAAUCGAUAACCAAGCAAAGGAAACGAUCACCAAUUUUCGAUCGGACGUGAAUAAUACACUCGAAAAAAUUCCCGUCGUUAGAGUCAUUAAACGGAUCAUCGAGCGCACCACGCCGAUCCAAUCGAUACUGCAAAUUGCCGAAGAUGAAACGUACGACAGCCUGCGGCUGAUCAAUGUCGAGCUGAACCGUAUCUUUGGCCGGCCGGACACGAUGUUCCUGCGGACGACACCGAAACAGUUUCUCUUCGAUGGUGUGCCGUUCUGCGUGAACGUGAUCGGCAUUGCGAAGGCAAUCUGCAAGGAGAUCGAGAAGCGUAACACCAAAACGAUUCGCACCAUGCCGGACGGGAGCCUGAGGUUUUCCUUCUUCAGCCAUAAAAACAUGACGGACGAUGGCAUGUUCACGAUCAACACGGGCAUUAAGGAUCCGUCCAGGACGCAAAUGAUUGAGCUGUGGAACGGUCGAACGACGCUCGACGUGUGGAACAAUCGGAGCAGCGGGCUGUCCUCGUCCUGCAACAAGAUACACGGAACGGACGGUUCGGGUUAUCCACCGUUCCGAACCGGGGUGGAACGGAUGACAAUCUUUAGCACGGAUAUCUGCCGCACAGUAGACAUAAAAUUGACUGGCUCGUCUUCAUACGAGGGCAUCCCAGCGCUACGGUACGAGAUUGACAAUAACUUCCUGCACGAAAUAGGACCCGAGUACGGUAAUGACUGUUACUGCGUCAACAAGAUCCCAAAGUCGAUCGUUAAAAGCAACGGCUGCCUGUACAAGGGUGCACUGGACCUGUCCAACUGUUUCGAUGCACCGGUCGUUCUAACGCUUCCCCAUAUGCUGGGUGUUGCCGAGGAGUACACCGCACUGAUUGACGGCAUGGACCCUGAGCCGGAGCGGCAUCAGAUCUUCGUAGACGUAGAACCGUACACCGGGACACCGCUGAACGGUGGCAAAAGGGUGCAGUUCAACAUGUUCCUGCGGCGGAUCGAUGCGAUCAAGCUUACCGACCGGUUGCAGCCGACCCUGUUUCCGGUGAUCUGGAUCGACGAAGGUAUCGCGCUGAACGAGGACAUGGUGAAGCUGAUCGACGACAGUCUGAUGAAGGUGCUCAGCCUGCUGGACGUGGUGCAGUGGGUGCUGAUCGGUGUGGGGCUACUGCUGGCCGUCCUAAUGCCAACGGUGUACUUCGUGAAACGGUGCCGGGGCGAGGGUAGCCGAACGGUUAGCCCGGCCGUUACGGCCACCACGAGUGCAGCCAGCCUUUCGACGGUGGCGGGCGUUACGGGUGAUCGAAGCAAAUGACGCACGUCGCUUACUAUGCUAAGUCUGGACUGAUGAAUCUAGAAGCGGCAGCCGCAGUUUUGGUGGCGGUGUCGCGGUCGGCAGCGAUCAAAAUAUUAAAAAACAAAAGGUGCCAAUGAGAUAGGUGUUAGGUGCACCUGUGCGUAUGUGUGUGUGUAUGAAUGUAUGUAUGUAGAAACGCAUCCCUAGGAUCUACGAGAAUGCGACGAAUUCGUGUGACAUGAAUGUUUGAGAAAGGGAUUUUGGUACGAGCAAAAAAUCAUGCGCUUCCUGGCCUAACGACCGCUGACAAAACUCAAGAGCCUUAAACUCCGAUGCCGUCCAUUAAUCGAACGGGAUUUCUGGGUCGUGAGUCUUGUGAGUUGGUCGUUUUUAAGGUAACGAUCGAGUUUUACAAAUAGCUACCAAACCGACCGAUUGUACUUGCUUUCUUCUAUAUUUCGUUUCUGUUGUUCUUGUAAUGAAUGUGAUUUAUCGUAAGAACGUUAUAGUAAGCAGGAAAUAAAAACCAUAUUUUUCAAUAAAAAUGCAAAAAACUUGA